CGUUGAGUAUCUGCAGGACGAUGAAACUUUUCCUGCUCCAAUGUUUGGUGGUUUUGAAUUUUCACUACGGAAAAUCCUACGUCGCACCCGUACUCAGUGUUUGCUCUCGGAACGAUCCGAAUCUGGCCCGGUGCAUCACCGACGUGGUGUACCGGAUCAGGAAAAAUGUGGCCGAUGGAAACUAUGGCGACGGAAGGGCGGCACCGAAGCUCGACCCGAUGCACUUGCCGCAGUUGGCCAUCAAUAAUGGACCCGGAUUUCGGCUGACCCUGACGGAUGUUACCAUUCGCGGUGCCAGCGAGUUCAAUAUCGAUAAACUUCGUGAUAAUUUGCCGGAGAAGAGGUUCGAUAUUGUUUCAACGAUUCCGGUGAUGCGCGUUAGUGGGCAGUACGAUUUGGAUAUGAAUAUUCUGCUGGUGAAAGCGACUGGAAAAGGAAAAUUCAACCUUGUGCUGAACGACACGAUCGCCAGCAUGCGAAUGGAAUACCAGACGGUACCGGCCGCCAGCGGCGGUAAAACCUACGUCCGCUUCAAUCCGAUCGAGCUGAAGCUAAAGUUCUCGAAGGCUCGCUUCAACUUCAACGGCCUGUUCAAUGGCGAUCCGGCCCUGGAAGAGUUCGGCAACAAGGCCAUCAACGAGAAUCCGCACCUGCUGCUGGACGAGGUCAAACCAUCGUUCGAGCGCAAUCUGGCCCGAAUCUUCACCGACAUCUCGAACAGCGUGGUACAGGGCGCGGAAGAGUCGGAACUGCUUCCGUCAUGA